GGACUGCAGGCUGACAUGGAGUGCAAGCGUGUUUCCAUAUGAGUGCUUGAAUUUGUUUGGCCAGUUUAGUGGGCUGCUCUAAAAAUACUCCUGGGGGUAAGCAGGGCAGGUCCUGUAUCGAGUUCUCGCUGAGUUAGCUGUGAAAGAACCUAGGGCAGCUGUUGCACACUAGGCUUUUGGGGCAGAAACAGGGGAAAUUUAGUGCUUUCCGUCUCUCCGCUGGCCUUCCGACUCUGCACGGAUGGGAGACCCUUGCACAGAAUCCAACAACAUGGCUGAGGAGUCGGACUCAAAGCCGCAGUCUGCGAGCAAGAAUGGGAAGAAGGGAGAGGGAGGACACUCGUUCUUCACCUGGUUCAUGGUCCUGGCCCUCCUGGGCGUCUGGACCUCUGUGGCCGUGGUGUGGUUCGACCUGGUUGACUAUGAUGAUGUGCUCGCCAGGGCAAAGGAGUUCCGUUAUAACAUUUCAGAGGUAUUACAAGGUAAACUGGGAGCCUAUGAUGCUGAUGGCGAUGGUGACUUCGAUGUGGAGGAUGCCAAAGUUCUGCUAGGACUGAAAGAGCCGUCUGUCGUGGUCGACACCCGAGCGGAGCCUGGACCUGAAGAACCAGAGGCCCAGCCUUUGGUGGAAGAGGAGGUGAUCGAGGCAGAAGAGGCAGCCCAGCCCCCUGCAGAGCCAGAGGAGGUGGAGGACCAGGUGGAGCCUGAGGGAGAGGACUGGGCGGCUGCCACUGAGGACGCUCCUGAGGCAGAAGAUGUUCUGGAUGAGCAGGUUCUCGAUGCUGAGGAGGAGCCCCAGGAAACUCCCGAGACAGAAGAUAUAGAGGAAUACGAAGGUGAAGAUGACUUUGUAGAGGACUCUCCAGUCUAUGGAUCUCAGAGCAUGGAUGUGGAAUCUGAAAUUCAAGCCGCUGUCCCCCUUCCAGAGCUAGUGGAGGAAUUUUCUGAUUCAGUUGACAGUGAAGAUGAUGAAACUAAUGAUGCACACCCCUAUGAGGACAACACUGAAGACGUUAUUGAUACAGUUGGAGAAAUUGUUGAGGAGGCACUGGCUGAGGAUAUUUCAGAGGAGUCGCAGGACGAUAGUGUGCCGGAUGAGGAAGCAGAUGAGCUGGAGCAAGAGGAAUUACUAGAAGUAGACCAAGGAGAUGGACCCAUUCAGGAAGAAGAGGCAGCAGAAGAGGAACCAGCUGUAGCAGAAGACCAGCAAGUGGAUGAAUUGCAUGAAGAGCCAGUUCCAGCAGAGGACCUGCAUCAGGAUGAGCAAGCAGGAACCACUGAGGCACCACAGGAAGAACAGUCCAAAGAGAAAGUGAAGAAGAAGAAGAAGAAGCCCAAGCUACUGAAUAAGUUUGAUAAAACCAUAAAGGCCGAGAUCGACGCAGCGGAAAAGCUGCGCAAGAAGGGAAAGGUUGAAGAGGCUUUGCAGGCUUUUGAAAGUCUGGUCCAGAGAUAUCCCCAGAGUCCAAGAUCCCGCUAUGGCAAAGCGCAGUCAGAGGAUGACAUGGCGGAGAAGAAGCGCAGUAAUGACCUCCUGCUGAAGGCCAUAAACACCUACAGGGAGGUGUCUGAGCUGCCCGACGCCCCCGCAGACCUGGUGAAGGCCACGCUGAAGAGGCGAGCCGAGAGGCAGCAGUUCCUGGGUCGUAUGCGAGGAGGUCUGGCAACGCUGGAAAGGUUGGUGCAGAUUUUUCCGGAAGACAUUUCCCUGAAAAAUGACCUCGGUGUGGGGUACCUUCUUAUGGGAGACAACAAGAAUGCCAAGAAAGUGUAUGAGGAGGUCUUGGCCGUGGCACCCCACGACGGCUUUGCUAAAGUCCACUACGGUUUCAUCCUGAAGUCAGACAAUAAGAUCGCAGAGAGCAUCCCGUUCCUCAGGGAGGGGCUGCAGUCGGGAGACCCGGGCACUGAUGACGGGAGGUUCUACUUCCACCUGGGCGACGCGCUGCAGAGAGUCGGAGACAGCAGCGCCUACGAGUGGUACGAGCUGGGGCACCAGAGGGGACACUUUGCCUCAGUGUGGCAGCGGUCUCUGUACAACGUGGACAGCCUGAAAGCACAGCCAUGGUGGACAGCCAGAGAGACCACCUACACAGACCUGGUCAAGAUGCUGGAGAAGAACUGGAAGACCAUCAGGGAGGAGGCGCUGUCUCUGAUGGACACCAGCAGGGGGCUCUUUAUGCCAGAGGAUGAGAACCUGAGAGAGAAGGGGGAGUGGGGUCAGUUCACCCUCUGGCAGCAAGGUAAAAAGGUGGAGAAAUCCUGCCACAGCGUUCCCAAGACCUGCGCGCUGUUGGAGCGCUACCCGGAGGCCACAGGGUGUAAGCGCGGGCAGAUAAAGUACUCUGUGAUGCAGCCGGGCACCCACGUCUGGCCCCACACCGGGCCCACCAACUGCAGGCUGAGGAUGCACCUGGGCCUGGUCAUCCCCGCCCAGGGCUGCAGCAUCCGCUGCACCAAUCAAACCAGGACUUGGGAGGAGGGAAAGGUGCUGAUCUUUGACGACUCCUUUGAACAUGAGGUAUGGCAGGAUGCCAGCAGCUUCCGGCUGAUCUUCAUUGUGGACGUGUGGCACCCGGAGCUGACGCAGUACCAGAGGCAGACGCUGUCUCCCAUAUAAAGCACAGGGCUGCUCCAAUUCCACUUGAGGUCAUGGACACUGUCGUUGCUGUUUUUUUUCUCCCACGCUUUUGAAUAGCUUCCAUGCUGGGGGGUCCGUGGGACUGGACUAUAGUUAGCUGGAGCUCAUUCGAAUUACUGAAAGUGCUUACAGGAAGAGAUUUACUUGUUGAUUAUAGUUUGUGGUACUUUAUGAUUAACUAGGGAGUUUGAAAAGGAGGUGAAAUGAAUACAAUUUUCCCACUGGGAGAGCAUUAUAUGCUUUCAGGGAAGGAGUGUAAAUGUGAUUCUCACAUUUCGUUGCUGACACACAUUUCAAAAAGGCUUCCUUCCAACACAGAUGCUGCUAAGAUGACGAACGGCCAUUUGGUGCCUGGAGCUGUGUGGCCUUGCACAUACCCGGGCCCUCGCUACAGUGUGCACUGCUGCCAUUACUGAACCCAUCCCAUAACCGUGCGUCAUUUCUGUCACCAUUUUAGAGCUGUAAACAAGGCCUAAGUAUAAGAGGAAACCCACAGCCUAGCUGAGUGUAAUUGUCAUCAUACUAAACCAUAUCAGUAGGCACCACUAUCCUUCUGUCACAGACAAAUUUGUAUUUGUGUGCCCUCCUUUCUUGCACCAUUUAUAGUGAUGCGUAAUUUUUGUAUUGACAAAAACACUACUUAAAGGGUCAUGGAUAGCAUUUCAUGUAUAGCACAUGAUAAUUUAUGUUUACUGAUGAGAUAUUUCAAUGGUAGAGCACUUUCCAUGUUGUGUUAGUUUAUUUUUUAUAGAGGGGAAAUCUUAGGAGCUGCACGUAAUAGUGCCGGGAUAUUGAAGUGAAUGGUGAGUGGUCGCAUUGCCAACUGUUGUUUACUUUUUAUUUAGCUGUAAUUUGUGCCUUUUUCUUGGGACUAGAUCAACAUAUGUGACAUAAUCCCCCCCCAUACGAUGCUGAAAAGUGAACUUGAAGCUUUAAAAAAAGCAAAUGUGUUAAAAUAUGAAGUGAAAUAAGAUAAUAUUUUAUACUGGAAAUGUAAAUUUGUGUCCUUUAUUAUAUACUGUAUUAAGUUUUUGUCACUGUGUGUAAUAAGAAAGUUGUACAAAAAGUUGCAAGAACUGUUAUACUUUUAAUAUAUGACACAUUUCAGACAUUUUAUAUUUCAUUAUAGAUACAACAGAUAUUAUGUACACAACAUAUAUAUACUGUAUAUACACCCUCACACUAUGUAUGCCUUUAUUUUAGCAGAUUUACUUUUUCAUGAGGGUAUUUUGCGAGAAUACUUUGAAUGUACCCAUUUGGAAUUUACCUGAUAUGUCAGUCAUGUCCAAUUGUGAAAUUUCAGUUUGCUGCCUUCAUGUUCAUUGCCGAUUAGAACAGUGUGGAAUCAUGGGAUUGCAGAACUUGCAGUGCUGCCUCUCUACCAAUGGGUGUCGUGCCUCAGAUUUUCUCUGAGAUUUAUUUAGGCUAUGCAUGCCUUUCUGAUGUAUAGAAGCAACAUGUAUUAUAUCAGGUUCAUUUUCUCUUAUGUUACAUUGUUUUGCCAUUAUGAGCCACCACUGUUUUUACAGGCCUGUCUGAAUAUUAAGAUUUAAAAUUGUUCCAGAGUUGCACUGAAUGAUGUCGCCUCUUAAUGGUUUGUAUGACUGAAUAGCUUUUACGGUGAAAGAAAAAUGAAGCUUUACUCUUGCUUGUAAAAUCCAGUGAAUGUCUCUCUCUGACAGUGAUUAACAGAGGGGUCUGUUAUGUGAGUAUUUGAACAUUGCAGCAUUUAGAUUCUCUUUGAAUGAAGAGGUGUGCCACACACUGGGCAUUACCUUAAAAAGGUCCUGUUUUAUUGGGAGAUUUUUUUCACUGAUGACACGUGAUGCAAUGCUUCUCACUUGUGGAAAUAAACCUGUUUAGUUUACAUAAUGUGUGAAUAUGCCCCUUUUGUUUUUAUGAGAAGGAUGCUGAUCGUGAGUUCAGGGCAUUGGCCUCUCGUCCAAGUGAAACUGAACUGUCCCUGUGGAUUUUGUAAAUCGAAGUGCAUUAAAUUUGCUGAGCCCAUGUACCUCACAGUAUAGGGUGUACAUGCUUUCUUGAGAUACAUACUGAAAACUUAAAUAGAAAAAAGAAUGUUACUGAUUUUUUUUCCCACCAUGUGCUAAAUAAAAAAUAUUCUAAGUGUA